GUGAUAACAAUGAAAUCUGUAACACUGCUAUCGAUAGGCCUAUUAGUGGUAUCUGUCGUUUGCUUUCCAAAAUUCGAUGAUGGAAGUUUUAAACCUAGUUCUAUAGAUUAUACGGGCAAGUCGAGUAAAUCCCAAGAUCAACUUGCCACACCAACUAAUUUAAAAUCACGCACAGAUUUGGAUUUAUUCAAAAGUGAUAAUGACAUAAUCAAUCGAACUCAAGAGCCACGUUUUGGUUUCACAAACGUCGCAGAUAAUACUGGAUACGGAAUUUCCAGUUAUGCACCAGCGAGAAUUGAUUUAGGAGGACUUCUGUUAGGAGCUGUGAUAGGUAUCGGAACAAUCUUGAUAAUACCAAAAUUGCUAUAUGUUUUAUCGGGCACGUAUGGAGCUUAUGCUAGAAGCGAGGACGGCGGUAUAGCCCAGGUGAUGACAAAGCUGGAUGAUGCUCUUGCUCGCCACGGUGUCGACACCACGAGUUGCAUGCAACGGAUUGCCUGCUCUUAUUCAAAACAGGCUGCAGAGGCGAUGCACAACCUCAAUCUGGAUGAGAGUUCGAACGAGACCGUCUCGGGCAUCGAUAAGUUCGUUGAUAUUCUCUCCUCCAACCAGAUGAUGCGCGCCGCCCUUCAGGGUACAGCAAUACAAGAGGCAAUGGAAACAGGUCGUAAUGGACAGAGUUGUGCCAGAACCUAUCAACAUUGCGGCUUUUCUACGGACACAAUUCUUACCAUCCUCGCCAAACUCGCGGCCAACAAUGUCAUCACUUCCGCCAAGGCCGCAACCAUCGCGUGAUUGAUUAUCCAUAUUAAUUUAUAAAUUUAUUUCGUUGUUGGAUAUUUUGAAGACUACCAAGCCCUGAGAAAAUUCUUGACACUUGUUAAUCUUUGAGCAGGUUCCCUAUAUCAUGCAACCAACUUUUAAUACGUCUCAAGUGCAAAUGUGAUGCCGGUGACGAUACAAAUCGAACUUAACAUCAUAGUU